AUGGCCACUCCAGAUGUCCCGAACGGCAAUGGCAGUCGUGACACCAACCAAAACACGGACCACGAGGGAAUCAUCGAAACGCCCUUUUUGAUAGUCGGCGCCGGCCCGGCUGGAGCUUCCCUCGCCUGCUUCCUCGCCUCGCACAAUCUGACGGGCAUCAUGCUCUCCGCCGCGUCGGGGACGGCCAAAGAACCCCGAGCGCACAUCACCAACGCCGCGGCUCUGGAAUGCCUGCGCGCCAUCGGGCUGGAAGCAGAAGCCGUCCAACACGCCACGCCCCCGGAGAGCAUGCAGCACACGCGCUGGUGUCGGUCCAUGGCCGGGGAGGAAUUCGCCCGCAUCCACAGCUGGGGCAAUCAGCCGGAGCGAAAGGGGGAAUACGAAGCGGCGAGUCCGUGUCGGCAUGUGGAUUUGCCGCAGACGCUGUUGGAGCCGAUUCUGGUGCAGGAGAGUCUGAGGAGAGGAUGGAGUGUGAGGUUUGAGACGCAGUUUCGGAAGUAUGAGAGGGCAGGAGAUGGGAGCUAUCUUUCCACGCUGCAGGAUCUCCUGACGGGGCAGACGUAUCGGAUUCGCUCGAAGUAUCUGUUUGGGUGCGAUGGCGCGAGGAGUCAGAUUAUGAAACAGUUGGAUUUGCCGCUGAUUAGGGAGCCGGGACAGGGGAUGUGUAUCAAUCUUCUGGUCGAUGCGGAUUUGAGCAAGCACAUGAAGUAUCGGAAUGGGAAUUUACACUGGAUUUUUACCCCGGAGAUUGAACAUCCGCCGUGGGGAUGGAGUACGAUUCUGAGAAUGGUCAAGCCGUGGCAUGAAUGGAUGUUCAUCAUCUUUCCUGAACCGGGCUUUGAUGACUUCCGAGUCAGACCGACACAGGAAGAGUAUCUGGCGAGAGUCCGGGAAUGGAUUGGAGACGAUGAGAUCCCGGUGAAGGUAUUGGAUGUGGCGAAGUGGUACGUCAACGAGAUUGUAGCGGAGAGAUAUUCCGAGGGGAACAUCUUCUGCCUGGGGGACGCGGUGCACCGACAUCCUCCGCUGAAUGGAUUGGGAUCGAACACUUGCGUGCAAGACGCCUGGAAUCUGGCGUGGAAAGUGGCAUACGUCGAGCGAGGACUGGCGGACACGAGUCUGCUGGAGACUUUUUCCGCGGAGAGGCAGCCCAUCGGCGCCGGAGUCAUCAAGCGGGCCAACCAAGGCCUGAGGGACCACGUCCCUGUCUGGGAUGCCCUCGGUGCGCUCCCGGGGGAUGUGGAAGAACGGAGGAGGCAGCAUGCAGAGCUCUCGGCGCCUACUGAAGCCGGUCGGGCGAGGCGAAAGCGGCUCACGGAGGCCGUGGCUUACACAGCACAUGAAUUCGGGGGCAUUGGGAUUGAGAUGAACCAGCGUUAUGAUUCCGGAGCGAUACACUUUGCGGACGAAAAAGAAGCCAGACGGCCACCGCCCCCCGACGAUGUCCUGCAGUAUCAGAUCUCGACGUAUCCGGGCUCUCGAGUACCGCACGCCUGGCUGAACAAACGGUCACCCGUCGAGCGGAUCAGUACGAUCGAUCUGGUAGCUCACGGGGCAUUCUGUCUGCUGACGGGUGUGGGGGGCGAUGCGUGGAAGAGAGCGGCAUUCGAGGCGACCAGAUACAUUGGCGUGCCUAUCAAGGCGUACAGUAUCGGUUGGAGGCAGGACUGGGAAGACGUAUAUGGCGAUUGGGAGAGACGGAGGGAGAUUGAGGAGGAUGGAUGUGUCCUCUUGAGGCCUGACCGGACGGUGUGCUGGAGAAGCAUGACGAUGCGAGAUUCGUGUAACGCUGACUUGCUCCGAGUGCUGAAGACGGUGUUGGGGAGGGCCAAGGUAUCUUGA